AUUCUUUUGUUUUGUGGCAUCUGUAGAGUUGAGAGGAAGAAGAAGAAGAACGAUGGCAUGGAGAGGAAGCAUAUCGAAGUCUAUGAAAGAGCUUAGGAUUCUUCUUUGUCAAUCUUCUCCAGCUAGUGCUCCCACCAGAACGUUUGUUGAGAAGAAUUACAAAGAUUUGAAGUCUCUAAACCCUAAAUUCCCAAUCUUGAUCCGUGAAUGUAGUGGAGUCCAGCCUCAGAUGUGGGCAAGAUAUGAUAUGGGUGUGGAGAGGUGUGUAAACUUGGAUGGUCUGACGGAGCCACAGAUUCUAAAGGCCCUUGAAAACCUUGUGAAAUCCGGAGCUACAAAAGCCUAAGGUUGUUUGUUUGUUUUUACCUAUCUGAUCCCGAAUAAGAUUAAACCGGAAACACCUCAUUUAACAUUUCCUGUCAUUCUACUACAUUGUAACUCCGUGGUGUCAUAUCGCCUUUCGUUUGAGUUGGUUUUUUUUCUGUGUAAUACUUGAACUUGAAAUAAAUCGUAUCAUUCCUU